CCAAAAGAAAAAGCUAAAGGGGCAAAAAAAUGAGAGAAGGUUGAGUAACAGAAGGAACAGAAUAUUGCAGAAGGGAAAGAGAGGAGGACGACCACCAAAGGGUGCAAAAACGCCGCCGUCAAGCCUAUACAAGAAUAACGAACCAGAAGCUCCGGAUUUUUGUUAGCUUACGCUGUUUAUAUCAGUUCGCCGUCGUUUGUUAGCCUUUUCUGUUCAUUGUCUUCGUCGAGCCUUAGGAGAUCAAAGUCAAUGAUGCUGGGCGUUGUAAGGCGAAAAGUGGCUUCUGAUGCUUCUUCUGCUUUGAUUAAAAGGAAAUCAUGGCAUUGGAGUCGGCCUGUGGUUUCUACGCCUAGAGUUUCUACUGCUGUAGCUGAAGAGAUCUUCUUUCACCCAGGAUGCACUCGCAGUUUCUCUGACUUCACUUUCUCUGGAUCUUUGGACUUGACAUCGUCAAGGGGAAUCAAAGACAAUUUUCUGCCUCAAUUCACCAUGCAUACAUGGAAAAGGCCAUUUUGUUCUAAUAGUGGUGAUCUGGUUGAUGCUGUUGUUCCUUUUAUGGGGGAAUCAAUAUCCGAUGGCACAUUGGCAACGUUCUUGAAGAAACCUGGUGACAAAGUAGAAGUUGAUGAGCCUAUUGCUCAGAUUGAAACAGACAAGGUGACAAUUGAUGUUACUAGUCCUGAAGCAGGCGUAAUCCAAAAGUUCGUAGCCAAGGAAGGGGAUACUGUAGAACCUGGCACUAAAAUUGCUGUGAUUUCAAAAUCUGGUGAUGGUGUAACUCAUGUUGCUCCGUCUGAGAAGCCCGCCGAAAAAGCUACUCCUGAGAAAAAGGUGGAGCAACCAAAACAGAAAGUUGAAUCUGCUGCUGCAGAAGUAAAGAAAGCUGAGAAGCCAAAAACUGAAGCCAAGGCUUCUCCACCUCCUCCUAAAGUAACUGCCACAGAACCCCAGCUUCCCCCAAAAGAAAGGGAAAGACGAGUUCCUAUGACAAGGCUCAGAAAACGAGUUGCCACGCGCUUGAAAGAUUCUCAAAACACUUUUGCAUUGUUGACAACUUUCAAUGAAGUUGAUAUGACUAAUCUGAUGAAACUUCGUUCCGAUUACAAGGAUGCCUUUGUUGAAAAGCACGGUGUGAAGCUAGGUCUUAUGUCUGGGUUUGUAAAAGCUGCUGUUAGCGGACUCCAGAAUCAGCCCAUAAUAAAUGCUGUCAUUGAUGGUGAUGAUAUCAUUUAUAGAGACUAUAUAGACAUCAGUAUAGCUGUUGGCACGCCAAAGGGCCUUGUCGUUCCUGUUAUCCGCAAUGCUGAUAAGAUGAACUUUGCUGAGAUUGAGAAGGAGAUCAACACGUUGGCUAAGAAGGCAAGUGAUGGAAGUAUAUCAAUCGAUGAGAUGGCAGGAGGGUCAUUCACAAUAUCCAAUGGUGGUGUUUAUGGAAGCCUCUUGAGCACUCCAAUAAUCAAUCCUCCUCAGUCGGCAAUUCUGGGUAUGCACUCAAUAGUCAACCGUCCGAUGGUUGUUGGAGGUAACAUAGUUCCCAGACCUAUGAUGUAUGUUGCACUGACCUAUGACCACAGGCUGAUUGAUGGGAGAGAGGCAGUGCUCUUUUUGAGGAGAAUCAAAGAUGUGGUUGAAGAUCCACGUCGCUUGCUCCUUGAUGUAUGAAGAAUUGGUCAUUUGGGGGUUUGAUUUUAUAGAUAUUCUUAAUAUACUGCAGUUAAAAGCACACUUCGGCUAAACGAAUAAAUGUUUAGCACUUCAGUUGCGGCCAGCCACGUUUUAAUUUCAAAUGAGAAGGUUUUUUUUAGACGCUAGUUUAAGUGUGCUAAACUUGUGUUUAGUGCUUUUUAUUUUGGGCAUGAUGGAAUUUGUUGGAAUUUGUGCUAAACUUGAAGAUCCCUUAGUUGGCAGCAUUAUUUCUCAGUUUCAAAAGUUAUUGGAUAAUAAUCUCAAUGAAGCGAGUUCGCCUGUAGUUUUAACCCA